GGGCGUUAGUGUCCCCGCAAAUUGUCACAAAUUUUGUGUUCGUCUCAACGCGCUUUUUAUUUUAUUUUCUCCGCAAGACGAUUGAAACCCACUGAGAUGCACUGUGUUUUUUUCUCCACAUGAUCGCCCUGGUUUGCUAAUAGUAAUUUAAAUUCAAAACCCACGCCAAUUUUCAGCUUUUAACAAGGACUUAGUAAAAAAGCGAAACCUUCUGUGGCGCAGCCGUUGGAAAAAAAAUUUCGAAGCGAUUGCGACGACUUUUAUCCAGGAUGUUGAGGGAUAUUAGUAGGUACUAGUGCGACUCCGACGGAAGAAGCUCCGAAAAAUCGAACAAGACUGCCCUGCGUGCUGGCUGUUGACGGACAAUGCUGAACGCUGGAAAUUAACAUGCACAGUUGAACAAAUAUGUAAUCCUAUAUGGACUGUCAAGCAAUGAGUCAUUUACAUAUGCGUAUGGAUUGUUAAAAAUACUAAAUGUUUCUCAAAAGAUUAAUUCUUUGCGUAACCAAGUUUAGUGUCCCUAUUUGGCGUAUUCAGCGAUUAUUAAAAUUCAUCAUAACACCCUGGCCUUUUUCAAGUACGUCAAUCGAUGUCUUGGCAUUGUUUUAACCAACAAGUUGCAGGGAACCAUUUGGUAAAGUCGCGACAUCGGAGAAUUCGUUUGUUCAUAGUUUGCAGCCACUGACACCGUUACAGCACUUCAAGUUCGAUGAUAAAAAUUAGAAAAAUUUAGCAUGGAGUGCAAGACGACUUGCUCUUUAGAAGAAGACAUUUAGUGAAUAUACAUGGCGAGGCGUGUUCACUUCAACAACGAAUUACACAAAAAGCAUCGCAUUGUGUUAAACGUAAGCGGACAACGAUACAUGACGGAAAAGAAGUGUUUACUUCGACAUCCACAUACUCUUCUCGGAAGCGAGAUGUUAAGCAAGUUUUUUGAUCCCAUUAAGAAGGAGUAUUUUUUCGAUAGAGACCCAUAUCUAUUUCGAUACAUAUUGAAUUUUUACCAAAGCGGGAAGCUACACUCAUCGCCCGACGAUUGUCCCGUUGCAUUUAAGGACGAGCUUGACUUCUUCGGGAUACCGAUUUGUGAACUAGGGGACUGUUGUUGGUAUACGACAAACACUGAUGAGAAAGAGAAACAUCCGUGUCACUACGCCGUGAGAAAAGCUAGUAUGAAGGCGGUACAUGCCGGUAAUUAUCUCGAUUGGAAUAAACAAGAAAAUAAACGGGGGAUUAAUAAGAGAAAGGCGAUUCGCACGACGAGGUCAAAGAACUUUACACAACCCAACAGAAGCCCAAAUCAUGUGCCCUUGCCUAAGAAACGAUGUGACAACACACGACAAAAGUCGAACAACAGAGCUGAAUUUAUACGCGGAAAACACUCCGAAGAGGGUAGAAGUUCAACAGAGAAGUGUUCAAGUACACGCAAAUGUGAAAUAAAUUGCAGAUGCCAACCGCACAAGUCCAAAAUGGCACAACAAGUAUUUAAUGUUUUGUAUGGGUUGUUCAUAGUUCUAAGCGUGGCUGCCACAAUUGUGGAGACAGUUGACUGCGAUGGUGGCGUGAAAUGUUUGGUACUGCAUUCCGACUUGUUCUUCGCUUUGGACGCCACAUUUGUCGCUGUGUUCACCUUAGAAUUCCUCAUACGAUUCGCUGUGUCGAAGAAGCGCUGCUUAUUCAUGAAAGAUUUCUUCAAUAUUAUAGAUUUACUAGCAAUAUUGCCAUACUAUAUCUCGCUCAUUGCGACGCAGUUUGUCAAUACCGACAGCGUUACGCUUCUAAUAACUCUACGGGUUCUACGUGUCGCGCGGAUAAUGAAAUUAACGAGGGGGUCUACGAGAUUGAAGUCUUUGCUUUAUACCCUAAGAAAUUGCUCAACAGAUCUUCUAUUUUUGUACUUCACGUUCACGCUCGGGAUACUGCUAUUUGGGAGUGUGUUGUACUUUGUGGAACGUGGGGAAGAGUUCCAAAGCAUUCCUCAUUCUGUUUGGUACACGUGCGUCACGAUGAUGACCACUGGGUAUGGUGAUGUUGUACCUGUAUCAGUAUUAGGGAAGGUAAUUGGUGGACUGUGCUGUGUAUGUGGUGUGGUAAUAAUGUCCCUUCCAAUUCCUAUUAUGCAAGACAAGAAGGUUAUAGUGCAGAACUGAGGAGAAAAACGCCGAUAAUUUUCAGAUUUAUUCUUUAUAAGUUAAGAGAAACUAACAGGUUUGACCGCCGCUGACCACCCGACUCAGACCAAGCAAGCACAGGGGCGGAGCUGCAGAACGUUAUAACUCAGUCCCACGUUCACACCAGAAAUUUUGCCAUUCCAAAAUUUCCAUGGUACUGUAGUUGAAGAGAGACAAUUUCUCUCCCCCCUCCGCUUUAUUAUUUAUUUGAACUGUCCAUCAAUUUAUUCAAGAAGUCAAUUAAAAAAACAGUUUUUCAUCAAAUUGUUAGCCAUUUUACCUCUUUCUUUGAACUUUGCGACAUAUAUCAGAGUAGGAAAGAGAAGCAGAUUAGUGAUUUAUUUUACAAUGUGAAAGAAGAACCACUUUGUUCAAGAGUCUUAGGUCGGGCAAACCUACAUAUAAAUAUUUUUAUGCACGACUUGAAGUCAUUUUCACUUGUAGAACAUGACGCUUUGACUACGGCAUAUUUUUUUUUUUCGUCAAGCUUUGAGGCAGAGUGGCGAAGUGUCACUUGUUAGCGGCUGUUGAGACCUUUUCUGCCUUUUAUGGAAUUGAUCAAAAACUUUUAAGAACUCACAUGUACUGCGUGUAUGUCCUUACUAUAAUCUGCGCCAAGAAAAUUCCCUUCAUGUAACAUUUGAGACAGGUACUUUGCCACUCUAGGAUAAACAAGUGUCGAAUUCGGCACUCAUAAGAAGAAAGAAAAUUUUAUCGGGCUCAAAAGUUCUCAAUGCGGUUGAAAAGCGCACUGGUGUUUGGAAAUUCUCGACUUCACGACUUCAUUAAUUUAACCUGAGCAGCUGGGAUCCCAAAAAGCUUGAAACGAGUAAGUUGAU